UAUUCAUAUUCAUGUGCUUUGCUUUUUCAACACCCACCGAAUAAAAAAGAAAAAAAAUCUGUAAUUUAUAAUACCCUUUAACCCCAUUCAACAAUUUCUCAUCUGGGUACUACUGCUUUCUUCCGCCGGAAUCUUGAAUUUCCGGCAAUGGCUGCACCGGCGGAGAGUGAUAAUUCCAAUUGUUUCUUUGAUUUUAGUUUGAUCGAACAGUUUUCCGUCCCCGGAGGUGAACUUCCGUCGCUUGAACCGGAGUUUCAGUGGUCGUCUGAUCCUUUUUCUGAACACAGUAAAGGAUUUGCAGAUACAUAUGGAAAACUAAAUGUACCCAAGGAGGAUGAGUCUAGAAAGAGGGCAAAUCCGGGAUCAUGCUCUGAUUCUAAGGCAUGCCGAGAGAAGAAAAGAAGGGAUAAAUUGAACGAUAGGUUUCAAGAAUUGAAUGAAAUAUUGGACCCCGGAAGAUCCACCAAGACGGACAAGACUGUUAUACUGGCGGACGCUAUUCGAAUGGUCACUCAGUUGAGAAACGAAGCUGCGAAGCUUAAGGAUUCUUCCGAAGAUUUGCUAGUGAAAAUCAACGAGUUAAAGGUUGAGAAGAACGAGCUGAGAGACGAGAAGCAGAAGUUGAAGUCGGAGAAAGAGAAACUCGAACAACAACUGAAAGCGGCUUGUUGCCACCCUCCUCCGCCUGCCUUUUACCCUCCUGUAAUGCCAGUCCCGUGUCCUGGGCCCCCGCCACCCGUUGGCGGCAACAAGUUCGUGCCGUUCAUGGGUUACCAAGGUGUGCCCAUGUGGCAGUUUGCUUCUCCGGCUGCCGUUGAUACCUCCAAGGAUCAUGUUCUUCGGUCGCCGCUUGCAUAGAAGAUAUCUUUCUUUAUCUGAAAAUUAAACAUACUUUUGCCUAAUCUUAUGAGCUAUUGAAGAAUAUAUGAUCAUGACCAUUUUAGUGUAAUUUAACCUUUUUGUUAAAAGGAAUCCAGAUUUUGACCUUGCUGGAUGUUACAAUGGGUUUGACUUUAUCUCAAGUAGUCAACGCAUUGUGGUAGUGUAUCAUUAACUGGAAAUUUGGGUUUGGUCAUUGAUGAAUGAAAGGUAGAAGUUUCACAUGUUA